AUGGGUCGCUCUAGAAGUGGAGGUAAGCUACGUGCAAGGCUUGAGAAAGAGCUGAAGAGCGCUAGGACUGCACAGGAGCGCCAAACCAUCACGGCUCGGUUGACGCAACACCUACGCAAGAUGGACGUAAAGAGCCAGAAACAGCAGGAAAGACGCCUCAAGAGGACCGAAGAAUCCAAGGCCAUCUUGCCAGAUGAAGAGAGAUUCGCCGCUCAGCCUUACACGGGUGGCGGAGUGUAUCAAGAUCCGGAUGGCGUGCCCGUCGUUGCCAAGCAAGCCCGCACUCUGUCGACAUGGAAAGGUCGCAAUGAUGCCCUCCUGGGGGCUUCUCCCAUUUUUUCCUUCCAUUUUCUCCCAUCCAUGAAUGUGUCUGAUGUGCAUAUUCAUGACUUGGUCGCCCGGGGCACAUCUGUCUCCAUGUUUCUCGAGGACUUCCGCGCCGGUUCUUACUGCAGCCCGUCUGCCGCUGACAUAACCGACGAUGGCGUUCAUGAGCUGGCCAAGGCAUGCAGCAGGCUCAAGCAAGUCAGCCUGGAAGGCGCUUGGCAGCUCACAAGCGCAGCGGUAUCCGUUCUAUUCCAGUCAUGCCCCGAUUUGGAGUAUCUUUGCAUCACAGGCACCAAGGACAACACCGGAUCAAUCACGGGACAGUCACUCGCCAAACUUGCAGAUCUCUUCACAGGAGCCAGAAAACUGCGAUGCCUUGUCUUGCUCCGGCAGCGCAACUUGAGGGGACCAUGCCUUACCACCUUAAGCCAUCUGCGACCCGACCUCGAGAUCCGCCAUAGCGUUGGGCCGAAGGUCAGGACUUACUUCAAGGGCGAUAGGCUAUAUGGAAACAUGUCGCAAACCUCAGCGGUCAAGCAGGCGGAUGUUCCGAGCACCAACAACAACAAUAGUGCUAAGAUGACUCUACCCAUGCGAGCCAAGACCACGGCGACCACUUCGGCGACCGCUGCUGAUCGUCAGGUGGUUGUCUUGAGCGAUGAGAGCGACGAGAGCGAUGGCGACGAUGGCGAUAAAGAUAUACGACAAGGAGCUUAUCCAAAGGCGACCGAAGGUUCUCUGGCAAGGUGCAACGGUACGCCGGUAGUGGUCCUCAGUGAGGAUGAAGAGACAGUGGUAGAGCCAUGCCAAGGAGGCGGCAGUGACAUCGAGGGAGGAGAAGAUGACGCAAAUGCGGACUACAUUCUAGAUGUUGGUAUAGAGGUGCCUGGUGGAGUUGCACUUGGUUGA